UCAGCUGACCAGACGAUCGCUGGGAUAUAACAGUUUAGUCAAGCAGCAAGAACGUGCUGUGCUCUCCAUGGACAUCCCUCUCCCCAACCCCAGCCUGACAACAGCCACCCCUCUUGGAUGCACACACCCCCAGGCAGAUGGACCAAGAGCCUGCAGAACGCCAGAACCUCCUUCUGACCUAAGGCUGUUCACCUUUUCCUCCCCUCCAGACCUGUCUGGGCCGGCUGUGCAGAGACGGCAGCCAGAAGCCGCUACUCCUACACCACAACCCCAGCCUGCCCCUCUGCUCCCUGUAUCAGUCCCACAUGCUCCCUUACCUUCCCUGCCGACACCUGAACCAGCCAUAGCUGCCCCCCUGACCUCCCCGGCUCCCUCGCAGGCAGACUCCCCCAGCAACCUGCCCGGGUUAAAGACUUGGAGCCGGACCAUGGAGCGGAGAAGGAGGAAGGCAGCUGAAGCCUUGGCCAGUUCCCAGGGUCUCCCCAUCCCACCUCGCAUGACCCAUCAGCACUGCACGUGCAAGCAGAGGCUGGAGUUUGAACACAGAAGGUUCAAAAAUAAAAUCUCCUGUGAAAAGGCGGAAGGGAAGUCAUUUGAAGAGUGGAAGGUGCAGCAGGAGGAGCCACAUUAAUUAAAUGCUUUUUACAAUUAAUUACAUUUUUAUGAUUGAUUUUCUU